UUGGGGAGGAGGGGGGAGAAGGGGGCUCUUCUCUACUUGGGAACCUGGGAUCCCUGCUGUCCUCCAGGGGAAGGGGAGUGAAGGCUGCAGGGUGGGCAGAGGCCUCUCUUGCCCUCUGAGCUCUGGCUGCAGGGGUUUGAUUUUCUAAGAUCAUCUCUGUCUCUGGGGACUUUCCCUGCUGGCUCCCACCCUGGUUGGGCUCAGGGCAGUUGGCUGCUCCUCCCCGCCUACCUGCAGCUUGUUACUUAAGGCUGCAUUUAAAGCAGCUGUUGAUCCAGUCUGAUUAACUCUGGGGCUCCGCCUGCUCCUGGUUCUAUAACCAGCCUUCUGAGACAGGAGGGCACUGGCUGACAGCAGUUGGCAGAGGCUGGUGGAGGUGCAGUCCCUGCUGCUGGAGUGAUGCCCACCUUCCAGUUCUUGCCCUUCUUGGCGCUGCUGGGCACCCUGGGGUUCCUGUGUGUGGUGUUCACAGGGUUCUGGUCCCAGCAUUGGCGUGGAGGCUUUGCCUGGGAUGGUUCCGCCAAGAUGUUUAACUGGCACCCGGUCUUCAUGGUGACGGGCAUGCUGGUGCUGUAUGGGGCGGCGGUCUUGGUGUACCGUGUGCCCAGCUCCUGGGUGGGCCCCAAGCUCCCAUGGAAGCUGCUCCACGCGGCGCUGACCCUGGCAGCCUUUGUCCUGGUCGUGCUGGGGCUCGUCGCCGUCUUCGGGUUCCACAAUGACCAGGGUAUCCCCAACAUGUACUCGCUGCACAGCUGGUUGGGGCUGGCAGCUGUGCUGCUCUUCUCUUGUCAGUGGCUCAUGGGGUUUGCUACUUUCCUGUUACCCUGGUCCCCUGCCUGGCUGCGGAUCAUCUACAAGCCCAUUCACGUCUUCUUCGGCUCCACCAUCCUUGCGCUGGCCAUGGCAGCAUCCAUCUCUGGCAUCAAUGAGAAGCUCUUCUUCAGCCUGACGAACAAGACAGUUCCCUAUGCCAAACUCCCCCCUGAGGCCUGGUUUGCCAAUUCUCUGGGGAUGCUGAUCUUGGUCUUUGGGUUGCUGGUGCUGUGGGCUCUCGCCAUGCCGGCCUGGAAGCGCCCAGAGUCAGAGUCACUGGAGGCCCGACAGCCCCUGCUCCAUUAGGACAAGUGAAGCAGACGCCUGGAGGAGCUGCUGCCCAGACUCUCUGGUGAGAAGGGCAGCUUGGUGCUCCUGCUGUUGGCGCUGAGCCAUCUCUGGAGCCUGGCCAGCACGGAGCCGAGGGGUGGAGGUGCUCUCCGUGCUCCCUCACCACCCGGCUGCUCUCUUGGAUCCCUGGCUCUUGCCACUCCCCUGCCUUCUGCUGUGGGUUCCUGCACGUGCUGCUGCUUCCUGGGAUUCACCAGGCGGCCUUGGCCCCUCUUGCCAUUGUGCUGCUGUGCCUUAGGGACCCUGGCUAACGCUACUGCCUAGAUCAAGUGGCCCGAACUAAAAUGAAAGCCUGCUUUGUGGCGCUUGCCCUGGUGUUGGCUCUGCUGGAGGUGAGGGCCAGAGCCUGUGCUGGACACUCAGCUGUGCCCGGGGCAUCAACGUGCCAAGCUCCAGCCAGCUUCCCUUUCCCACUGCCUGCCUAGAUCUGCCACCCACUUCUGCUCUCUGGCGCUGUCCCCUGCAACCAUGGGAGACUCUGCUAGGGCUCAGAGCAUUUGUUCUCCCAUGGGGUUUGCUUCCAGUGCUGGUCAUACUCCGUCUCCCUUGUCCCAGCUCUUUGAGUGGAGGAAGCAGUUACAUUUCCUCCUGCCAGGAGAGGGCUGCAGAGAAGGGCAGACAGGAAGUAUGGUUGACUCAAGGGGGAAUAUUUCCCCAUCACUGAUUGCAGGGGAGUAGGAUGGGUGGCCCUUCCUAUCCUCUAUGGCUGUGAGUUCUGCUUCUUGGGGUUGUGUGCUAUUGCGCUAGGUUGGGAGUGAGCCCACGUGGCUCAAGCUGAGAUCAUAGGAAGAAACUGGAGGCUUCAUUAGAAGUGUUUCCAGAGAGAGGCAAUUAAAUGUAUUUGUUGUAUAGUAUGUGAGAAGCUGCCCAGCCCCAGGUGAUUUGAUAGCAUCCACACAGAGGCUCAGUACUUGUUACUGGAGAGGUGGAAUGCAGCUACAGCUCAUUGGAAUUUUGAUUUUUUUUGUCCCCUGGGAAAUUCUCUGACUUCCAAAUCUCUGGCUUUGUCCUGAGCUGGGAUGCUAAAUUGGUGGCAGGACUGUGUGUGUGACACAAAGCACAGUGAGGAUUUCAGUUUGACUUAUUACUUAGAAUAGUGAAACGUUUGACAAGGAUGAUUUUCCCCAAACAUUCAGCUAACUCCAGGCAUUCCCCAAAAUGCACUGACUGUGUCAAUCAGCGAUUUCUGAUGGAAAACUGCUUGUGGAAAAUGUCCAACCAGCUCUGUAGACAACCUUGAAAAAUCAGGUAUCAGAGGGGUAGCCGUGUUAGUCUAGAUCUGUAGAAGCAGCAAAGAGUCCUAUGGCACCUUAUAGACUCUCAGACUUUUGGAGCAUGAGCUUUCGUGGGUGAAUACCCACUUUGUCGGAUGCAAAACAGACAAUGGCAGCAAUUGGAGUAACUGCCCCUAUACCAAGGAGAGGAAGAGUGCAAUCCAGCACCAUCCCACUGAGUUCUGGGGUUUAUGGAAAUGAAUUACAGUGACUUGCAGACAGCUCAUGAGGUGGAGCCUGGACAUCUACCUAACUCCAGGGAGAGCAGCUGGGUGCUGGGUCCUUGCUAAGAGUUCAUGACUUAAGGCUCCAAGCUGGGAAGUGUGUUUCCAGCCGCGUGCGUGCGUCCGUCUCUCUCUCUCUCUCAUAAGCUUGGCUGAAGUGUGUGGCUUCCCCAGGACUUUGUCUCCUAUCUCUAGCAUUAGCCAUUUCAAUAUCUGGGGUACUUUUGAUGUCUUGCUGGGAAACUGUACACCUGAAUAGGCUAUUCUGAAAUGCUGGGGCCUCUGUUUAAUAAAUAGUAUCCUUUUGGAUUAGA